AUGGCCCCCGCCCGGGGCCGCCUGCCCCCCGCGCUCUGGCUCGUCACGGCCGCGGCGGCGGCGGCCACCUGCGUGUCCGCGGCGCGCGGCGAAGUGAACUUGCUGGACACAUCGACCAUCCACGGGGACUGGGGCUGGCUCACGUAUCCCGCUCAUGGGUGGGAUUCCAUCAACGAGGUGGAUGAGUCCUUCCGUCCCAUUCACACGUACCAGGUGUGCAACGUCAUGAGUCCCAACCAGAACAACUGGCUGCGCACGAGCUGGGUGCCCCGUGAUGGCGCCCGGCGAGUCUACGCCGAGAUCAAGUUCACCCUGCGAGAUUGCAACAGCAUGCCCGGCGUGCUGGGUACGUGCAAGGAGACCUUCAACCUCUACUACCUGGAGUCCGACCGAGAUCUGGGCGCCAGCACGCAGGAAAGCCACUUCCUCAAGAUAGACACGAUCGCGGCCGAUGAAAGCUUCACGGGCGCCGACUUGGGUGUGCGGAGGCUCAAACUGAACACGGAGGUGCGAGGCGUGGGCCCGCUCAGCAAGCGUGGAUUCUACCUGGCCUUCCAGGACAUCGGCGCCUGCCUGGCCAUCCUCUCGCUCCGUGUCUACUACAAGAAGUGCCCUGCCAUGGUGCGCAACCUGGCAGCCUUCUCGGAGGCGGUGACGGGGGCUGACUCGUCCUCGCUCGUGGAGGUGCGGGGUCAGUGCGUCCGACACUCAGAGGAGCGGGACACACCCAAGAUGUACUGCAGCGCUGAGGGCGAGUGGCUGGUGCCCAUCGGCAAGUGUGUGUGCAGCGCGGGCUACGAGGAGCGGCGGGAUGCCUGUGUGGCCUGUGAGCUGGGCUUCUACAAGUCGGCCCCCGGGGACCAGCUGUGUGCUCGCUGCCCUCCCCACAGCCACUCGGAGACGCCCGCUGCCCAGGCCUGCCGCUGUGACCUCAGCUACUACCGCGCAGCCCUGGACCCGCCGUCCGCCGCCUGUACCCGGCCUCCUUCGGCACCAGUGAACCUGAUCUCCAGUGUGAACGGGACGUCUGUGACCCUGGAGUGGGCUCCUCCUCUGGACCCAGGCGGGCGCAGUGACAUCACUUACAAUGCUGUGUGCCGCCGCUGCCCUUGGGCCCUGAGCCACUGUGAGGCGUGCGGGAGUGGCACCCGCUUUGUGCCACAGCAGACAAGCCUGGCACAGGCCAGCCUGCUGGUGGCCAACCUGUUGGCUCACAUGAACUACUCCUUCUGGAUUGAGGCUGUCAAUGGUGUGUCCAACCUGAGCCCUGAGCCACACAGCGCGGCGGUCGUCAACAUCACCACGAACCAGGCAGCCCCGUCCCAGGUGGUGGUGAUCCGGCAGGAGCGGGCCGGACAGACGAGUGUGUCCCUGCUGUGGCAGGAGCCAGAGCAGCCCAAUGGCAUAAUCCUGGAAUACGAGAUCAAGUACUACGAGAAGGACAAGGAGAUGCAGAGUUACUCCACCCUCAAGGCUGUCACCACCCGCGCCACCGUGUCAGGCCUCAAGCCCGGCACGCGCUACGUGUUCCAGGUCCGAGCCCGCACCUCGGCAGGCUGCGGCCGCUUCAGCCAGGCCAUGGAGGUGGAGACCGGGAAACCCCGGCCCCGCUACGACACGCGGACCAUCGUGUGGAUCUGCCUGACGCUCAUCACGGGCCUGGUGGUGCUUCUGCUGCUGCUCAUCUGUAAGAAGAGGCACUGUGGCUACAGCAAGGCCUUCCAGGACUCGGACGGGGAGAAGAUGCAUUACCAGAACGGGCAGGCACCCCCACCUGUCUUCCUGCCCCUGAACCACCCCCCAGGGAAGUUCCCAGAGCCCCACACCUAUGAGGAGCCAGGCCGGGCAGGCCGCAGUUUCACCCGAGAGAUCGAGGCGUCAAGGAUCCAUAUUGAGAAGAUCAUUGGCUCGGGGGAGUCGGGAGAAGUCUGCUAUGGAAGGCUGCGGGUGCCGGGCCAAAGCGAUGUGCCGGUGGCCAUCAAAGCCCUCAAAGCUGGCUACACGGAGAGACAGCGGCAGGACUUCCUCAGCGAGGCCGCCAUCAUGGGCCAGUUCGAGCACCCCAACAUUAUCCGCCUUGAGGGUGUCGUCACCCGAGGCCGCCUGGCAAUGAUCGUGACCGAGUACAUGGAGAAUGGCUCCCUGGAUGCCUUCCUGAGGCAGACCCACGACGGACAGUUCACCAUCGUGCAGCUGGUGGGCAUGCUCCGAGGAGUGGGCGCUGGCAUGCGCUACCUCUCAGACUUGGGCUACAUCCACCGCGACCUGGCUGCCCGCAACGUCCUGGUGGAUGGCCGCCUGGUGUGCAAGGUGUCAGACUUUGGACUUUCAAGAGCGCUGGAGGAUGACCCUGACGCUGCCUACACCACUGCCGGAGGGAAGAUCCCCAUCCGCUGGACAGCGCCCGAGGCCAUCGCCUUCCGCACCUUCUCCUCGGCUAGCGACGUGUGGAGCUUUGGCGUCGUCAUGUGGGAGGUGCUGGCCUACGGCGAGCGUCCAUACUGGAACAUGACCAACCAGGACGUCAUCAGUUCGGUGGAGGAAGGCUACCGGUUACCCGCGCCCAUGGGCUGUCCGCGGGCCUUGCACCAGCUCAUGCUGGACUGCUGGCACAAGGACCGGGCGCAGCGGCCACGCUUCUCUCAUGUCGUCAGCGUCCUUGACGCUCUGAUCCACAGCCCUGAAAGCCUCAGGGCCACGGCCACGGUUGGCAGGUGCCCGCCACCUGCUUUUGCCAGGAGCUGCUUUGACCUCCGAGGAGGUGGAGGCGGGGACCUCACGGUGGGGGACUGGCUGGACUCCAUCCGCAUGGGCCGGUACCGGGACCACUUCGCCGCUGGCGGGUACUCUUCCCUCGGCAUGGUGCUACGCAUGAACGCCCAGGAUGUGCGUGCACUGGGCAUCACCCUUAUGGGCCACCAGAAGAAGAUACUGGGCAGCAUCCAGACCAUGAGAGCCCAGCUGAGCAGCACCCAGGGACCCCGCCGGCACCUCUGACUCAUGGCCGCUUGGCUCUGGUCACGCUAGCUGGCAGAGGUCCUGCAGGGCCACCAAACAGUCAGGGGAACCCUAGGUCUCUUCUCAUCUUCAGCUGCCUCUCGGGCACUAAGGAGUCCAGGGCUGUGCCGCAGAACCUAGAGUUUCAUGGGCCAGAUACCUGGAAAGGGACCCUGGAUGCCCCAGGUGGUCAGGAUCCCUGCCUUCAUGAGACAUGGGACCUUGUGUCUUGCAGAGCCUGAGUCCUCGACACCAGAGACCAACAGAAAGAAACAUCACUCACCUGCUUCCGUGCGCGUGUGCUUGGGGGCGUGACCGUAUGAGUGGCCUGCAGCAGAGGUGUACUGUCACAGAUGAGAACAGUGUGUGGUUACCUGUCUGUGGCCCCAGUCAGGCCCCAGUACCUUUGUGAACAGGUCACCUGGCACGUGCUUUUCCAUCAAGGCAGGAGCCACACACGUGUGACCAUGUGUCACGAAUGAGGUGUGUGUGGCAAGAUGUGAGCAGGGACCCUGACCUGACGCUGCCUGGGUCCCGGUGCCCAGGUCCCAUGUGGGGACCCGGCAGAGGCCCCACCUCCUUUCCCCACCCAUGUCUGGAGGCUCUAAAUUGCACCAGCACGAGGCCCAUCAACCAGCCCACCUGGAUGAGCCCACCCCUAGCUGGACUCAGGACUGGGCUUCUCUCCUACUUUGGGGGGGGCACCUGCAACCUCUGCCGGCUCCCCCUGCUGCUCAACAGGAAAACAGGGUUCCUGGCCAGUCUCUGGUCACCUUUCUCAGAAGCAUCACCGCAGAGGGUUCAAGUUGCCCUCAGAGGGGGCUUGGCUGCCUGGCCAGGGCCAGGGCUAUGGACUCCCGUGUCUGAUGCCCUUCCCAAUCUCUCACUGUCUCCCCCCCCCCCCACCGCACCCAACCAUCUGGGCUGGAUUCAGGAGCUCAGGACCCAACUUCUCAACCUCAGGCCCACCCAUUCUUGUACCACCAGGGUGAGGCCUUGCCAGAGGUCAUGUGACAACCAAGUUGGACCCAUCCCCUCCUCCUGGCCCAGGUCCCUCCUCCCCCACACCACUCCACAGUGGGAAAGCUGGAACGGAAGGGGCCUGGGAAGCCCCUCCCCACUGGCUGACCCUCCCCGCUUACGGCCCACCAGGGUAUGUAAAUAUGUUUUUUCUACCAUGUCAGAAUAUUUUUUUUGUCACUCCUGACAAUGCAAAAAUGGUCUUCAAAGCACAUAAAAAGCACCCCGGGUGAGAAAGCCCCCAUCCCGGGGAAGGCAGGCCCAAGGAAGCCAGCCCCCAGAGGGAGGGGCGGCCCACUCCCCGCCCCUGCCGAGCCCCGCCCCCAGCCCGCACAGCUGCGGGGCGUGGAGACACCAGCACUGAGCCCCCUCCCUCCUGCAAUAAUUCGGGGGUCUCAGCCCCGCCCAGGUGCCGUGGCCAGCUCUCGCGCCUCUAUAUAUUAUAGUACUAUAUAGCCGAGCUGCCCUUCCUUCCUAUGGAAGUGGGAAACAAGGUCAGGACACGAGCAGGGGACUCUGUCUUCCACCCCACCCCACUCCACCCUACUCACCUGCUUUCUGGGCUUGGGAUCCUCAGGCACAGCCCCCCUCCCCCCACCAAUGUGGAGUCCCUCUCAGGGCUCCCGCUGUCUGCCUCUCUGUGGUCCCCAUCCCAAAUCUGGAAGUUACCUACAACGAGAAUAAAUUCUGCCUCAUCUUUGUC